CAAAGAAAUUCUUUGUAUUUAUGUCAUCCACUUGAAACGGAGUUGAAAAAUCUCUCCCCAAAUCUUUGUAACCUUCUUCAUUUCCCUUCUCUUGAAACCAAACAAAAAAAAAACACACACACACACAACCUUCUUCUCGCUCAUCAUUUAAUUUUCAGCUCUAAUAAUCUCAGAGAUCGUCCUUCAUCUUGGUUAUAUCAUAUGAUCGAGAUGAAGAAUCUGAUAAACCUAAAGAGCUUGCUGGUCGCCGUUUUGAUCUUUUUCCUCGGCGCCGUGUUGUUUAUGUCCAGCCUCACCGGAACAGGGACCUCCUUCCUCUGCUCCCUCCCUAAUUUCAUUGAUGAUUACAACCCCACGGCGGCUCAGGUCCAGGCGGUGUUCCAUUACGCAACGUCCCAUACGACCCCACAGCAAUCGCGCGCCGAGAUCAGCGUCUCCUUCGAGGUCCUCAAAUCGCGGGCGCCGUGCAAUUUUCUCGUCUUCGGUCUCGGCCACGACUCGCUCAUGUGGACCACGUUCAACCCACGUGGCACGACGCUGUUCCUCGAGGAGGAUCCUAAGUGGGUCCAGACCGUCCUCAAGGACGCGCCGGAGCUUCGGGCCGAGACCGUGAACUACCGAACGCAGCUGAAGCAGGCGGACGAGCUGCUCGGCCUGUACAAGUUUGAACCGGCGUGCAAGCCGUCGGUGGCUGUCAUACGUGGCAAUGAGCGGUGCAAGCUGGCGCUGAGCAAUCUGCCGGAGGAGGUGUACGAGAAGGAGUGGGACUUGAUCAUGAUCGACGCGCCGCGGGGUUAUUUUCCGGAGGCGCCGGGUAGGAUGGCGGCGAUAUUCUCGGCGGCGGUAAUGGCCAGGAGGAGGCGGGGGUCAGGUGCUACGCAUGUGUUCUUGCACGACGUGGACAGGAAGGUGGAGAAGGCUUUUGCGGAGGAGUUUCUAUGCCGGAAGUAUCUUGUUAAGGCCGUCGGGAGGCUCUGGCAUUUUGAGAUUCCCUCCGCCGAUAACGCCACCGACGCAAGUUUUUGCUAAAAUGCGGCAAAGGCAGAGCUAUGUAUACUCCAGCUGUAGUGGUUUUUUUACCUGUGUUAGAACUUGGAGUUAAAACAAAAGUAAUAAAGGAAACAGUAACGGCGUAGUCAUUGUGAGACAGA